AAGUGUCCGGGGCCGGUCCUUGGGCUUCGGUGCCGGCGGGUCCCCGGUGUCCGCCAUGCCCAAAGCCAAGGGAAAGACGCGGCGGCAGAAGUUCGGUUACAACGUCAACCGGAAGCGGCUCAACCGGGCCGCCCGCCGCAAAACGGCGCCCCGGAUCGCGUGCUCACACAUCCGCCACGCCUGGGACCAUGGCAAGUCCGUGCGCCAGAACCUGGCCGAGAUGGGGCUGGCGAUGGAUCCCAACAAGGCCGUGCCCAUCCGCAAGAAGCAGGCGCAGGUGACGGCGAUGGAGGUGGACGGCCCCGUGGAGAGGCGCAAGGCGCUCAUCAGGAAGCCCUACGUCCUCAACGACCUGGAGGCUGAGGCCAGCCUGCCUGAGAAGAAGGGGAACACCCUCUCCCGGGACCUCAUCGACUAUGUCCGCUACAUGGUGGAGAACCACGGGGAGGACUAUAAGGCCAUGGCCCGGGACGAGAAGAACUAUUACCAAGACACGCCGAAGCAGAUCAAGAGCAAAAUCAACGUGUACAAGCGUUUCUACCCCGAGGAGUUCCAGGCCUUCGUCACCUCCCUGCAGCAGAGCAAGAUGGAGUGCCAGUGAACGGGCCCAAGGUGGGAUCCCCCGGCGGGCAGAGGCCGGGGGACGGACGGGUUCCCUGUGGGCACCGGCUCCCAGCCAGUUGGCUCUCCAGAGGGAAGAGGCGAGAACUGAAGUCCGUCUGGUUGUUCAGCACGCCUCCCGCCGGGCCCAGCCGAGAGGGCGAGAGCGAACCUCCCGCGCCGGGGGUGGCAGGUCUGGCUGGCCCGUGGACCGAUUAAAGCUUCUUCUCUUUGCC